GUGAAGGAAGUGGAAACAUUCUGAGUGAAAACUUUCUUCCUGGUUGGUUUCUUUUAGAAAGACACUCGGAUACUGAGUUUUUUACUUUGAAAGCUGGUCUGAACUACCUGAGGCAUGAAGAAUCAAGACGAGCAACUGGUCCUCUGGCAUUUGUUAAGGAGAAUGUUGGGACAUUCUUAGAUGCUGUGGAUACCCUUAUUAGUGUUCAGCAUGAUAUGUUGCGUGAUGAAAGCAGCUGUGAUGGAGGAUCCAUUGUUGAAAAACUUGAGUCUUUUGUGCAAGGUGCAAGUAAAAAUGCUGAGGGUUUGUUUCAAGAUGUGCUGGGCCGUAAAGAUGAUGCUGACAGAACAAGGAAUGCACUGAAUGUCCUACAGAGGUUUAGAUUUCUGUUUAGCCUACCACAGAGUAUUGAGAAAAAUAUUCAACAGGGUGAUUAUGAGAUGGUCAUCAGUGAUUAUGGAAGAGCUAAGUCGUUGUUUGCAGGAACAGAUAUAAGGAUUUUUAAAAGAGUUUUGCAAGAAGUUGAGGCAAAAAUAGAGAGCUUCCGGGAACAUCUUAAACUGAAACUAGCUGACUUGCCAUCACCUCUAGAAGAACAGAAGAAACUUAUUAGGUAUCUUGUGGACUUAGACUACCAAGGGGACCCUGCUUGGGAGUGCCUUGUUCUCCAGAAGGAUUGGUUGCUCAAAUUACUGGCUAACUGUCAGGAAGAUCACAAAUCUAAGGACUCUGUUCCCUUGCUUCAAGUUGAUUCCUCAAAAAUGGAGUUGGACAUCAGAGAAUCAAGAAGUGUUGCCUCUUUAGGUGUGUGUUGCAUAAUCUCAUGAUUUUCAGUAUUUUCUACAAAUAAUCUGCCCCUACCAAUGAAUUUGUUACCAGAAAUCAUUAUUUAAGUACAUUUGGGCCCAAGGUGUUCCUACAUACUGAAUUAAAAAAAAAACUUGUCGUACCAUAAGACGAUAAGCUACCGGUAACUCUGGGAAAAAGGCCAAAACAAAUUGGGGUCACUGGGCUCAUUUUUAGUACAGAGUGCACUAUUGGGAUGAUUUUGAGGGCUGCCAUCCGCUAAGGCACUGUGGAACUAAGGCACUGUGGAACUAAUGCUAUAAAUACUAAGGCAAUAUGGUGUAAACUUUAAAGUGGAAGGUCACUCCAAGAAAUGGGGUUUUUUUGUCAAUGCUAAUAGAAACCUUGUACUAAGUUUAGCCACCCAGCGAAGUCUCAGCCUCUAAAGUGCAGGUUUUCGUCAUGAAAUUUGUCUCCAAAGAAACCCAAAAUUUGAACAUCAUUGCCACCGUUUUGAACAGUACUCAGCAGCCAGGCCGUGUUUUCGUGACGUCAUUCUGUUCGAAAGA